GUAGAAUAGCGGAACAAGGCAGAACCCUGGCUUUGGUGAAAGGACCAUCGUCGUCUCGACACUGCCGUGCUCGUUCAGUUCCCUGGAUUGGUUCUCCUCGUUGGCAGGCCCUGGCAGGACCAUUCGAUGCUGCGAUCCGGUUGAGAAAUGCACGUGUAGUUUGAUGUAGAAGUCGCGGCCGUGGAUUUGGGGGAGCGGCGAAGAAACGCGAGCUAGAGAAGAAGUAUCUCGAGGGUUUUUUUUUUUUUUUUUUUUUUUUUUGUGUGUGUGUGUGUGUGUGUUUUCUUGUUGGAAUUAGUUGCGGAAAUGUUUGUGCAGAAAGGAUUCGCUGGACUGUGUGGAGAUAGAUAGGGUUGCGUUGCGUCGGCUCGUCUCCUUUUUGAUUACGGGAGAGGAGCGGAAAAUAGACUGGAUCUGGCACAAUGUUGACUAAGUUCGAGACGAAGAGUAAUAGGGUGAAGGGGCUCAGCUUUCACCCGCGGCGGCCAUGGAUCCUGGCCAGUUUGCACAGCGGUAUCAUUCAGCUGUGGGACUACCGAAUGGGGACGCUUAUCGACCGAUUCGAUGAGCACGACGGACCAGUGCGUGGUGUUCACUUCCACAAGUCGCAGCCUCUGUUUGUCUCCGGAGGGGAUGACUACAAGAUUAAGGUGUGGAAUUACAAGAUGCGGCGCUGUUUGUUUACUUUGUUGGGUCAUUUGGACUAUAUCCGGACGGUGCAAUUCCACCAUGAGAAUCCUUGGAUUGUGAGUGCAAGUGAUGAUCAGACGAUUCGCAUCUGGAACUGGCAAUCACGCACAUGCAUUUCUGUACUCACUGGUCACAACCACUACGUGAUGUGCGCAUCGUUCCAUAUUAAAGAGGAUUUAGUGGUAUCCGCAUCAUUGGAUCAGACUGUACGUGUUUGGGAUAUUGGAGCAUUGAGGAAGAAGUCUGUGGCUCCAGCUGUAGACAUGCUUCGCCUCACGCAGAUGAAUACUGAUCUUUUUGGAGGAGGUGAUUCUGUUGUGAAGUAUGUGCUAGAAGGUCACGACAGGGGAGUCAAUUGGGCAUCGUUUCAUCCUUCCUUGCCGCUUAUUGUAUCUGGAGCAGAUGAUCGUCAAGUGAAGUUAUGGAGAAUGAACGAUACUAAGGCGUGGGAGGUUGAUACCCUGCGAGGUCAUGUGAACAAUGUUUCCUGUGUCAUGUUUCACGCCCGUCAAGAUAUUAUCGUGUCAAAUUCCGAGGACAAGAGCAUCCGUGUGUGGGAUAUGUCUAAGCGCACAGGUGUUCAGACCUUCCGAAGAGAGCAGGAUAGGUUCUGGAUUCUUUCAGCACAUCCAGAGAUGAAUCUUCUUGCAGCUGGUCAUGACAGUGGAAUGAUCGUCUUCAAGUUGGAGAGAGAGAGGCCUGCUUGUGCUGUUCAGGGAGACACUUUAUACUAUGUGAAGGACCGUAAUUUGCGCACUUAUGAUUUUGCUGGCAGAGAUAACACCCUUAUCUCUAUUCGGCGAGCAGGUUCCACGGGUCUGAACCAGGGACCUCGGACCCUCUCGUACAACCCAGCGGAGAACGCAGUAUUGCUCUGUUCUGACGUUGACGGUGGUUCUUACGAGCUCUAUAUUAUCCCCAAAGAGGGCACGGGCAGGAGUGAGGCAGCUCAUGAGGCUAAGCGUGGGUUGGGCUCGUCUGCGGUCUUUGUGGCAAGAAACAGAUUUGCUGUUCUCGACAAAAACCAGAACCAGGUUCUCAUCAAGAACUUGAAAAAUGAAUUGACCAAGAAAGUCACUCUGCCGUCUCCAAGCACGGAUGUGAUCUUCUAUGCAGGAACUGGGAACCUGCUUUGUAGGUCAGAGGACAAAGUUGUGCUUUUCGAUCUGCAGCAGCGUGCCACAUUAGCAGAGGUCAGCGCUCCUUUAGUGAAGUAUGUGGUGUGGUCAAGUGACAUGGAGAAUGUUGCACUGCUAAGCAAAUAUGUCAUAGUCAUGGCCACUAAGAAGCUUGUGCCCAAGUGCACGGUUCAUGAGACUAUUCGUGUGAAGAGUGGAGCAUGGGAUGAGAAUGGUGUAUUCAUAUAUACCACCCUCAAUCACAUCAAGUACUGCUUGCCAAAUGGAGAUAGCGGGACAAUCCGAACUCUAGAUAUUCCAGUGUACAUCACGAAAGUUGGCGGAAACUCGAUUUACUGCUUGGACCGCGAUGGCAAGAACCGAGUGAUUCAAAUUGAUUCUACGGAGUACACCUUCAAACUAGCACUCAUCCAGCGCAAGUUUGACCAGGUGUUACAAAUGAUCCAUAGCUUGCAGCUCUGUGGACAGUCCAUAAUUGCAUACUUGCAACAGAAGGGUUUCCCGGAGGUUGCUUUGCACUUUGUUAAGGAUGAGCAGACUCGCUUCAACUUGGCCAUCGAGUGUGGCAACACUGGAGUGGCAGUGGCAUCAGCGAAGGAGAUUGACCAGAAGGAAUGCUGGCACCGUCUUGGUGUUGAGGCCCUGCGCCAGGGCAAUCACGAGAUUGUGGAGUAUGCAUAUCAGAAGACAAAGAACUUUGAAAGGCUUUCUUUCUUGUAUCUUAUAACUGGCAACGUGGAGAAACUUGGAAAGAUGCUGAAGAUUGCAGAGAUGCGCAAUGAUGUCAUGGGCCGGUUUCAUAAUGCCCUCUACCUUGGGGAUGUUCAAGAAAGAGUGAGGAUUUUGGAGGAAUCCAACCAACUGCCUUUGGCGUAUGCCACCGCCAAAGCUCAUGGAUUGAUUGAAGUUGCUGACGAGUUAGAACAGCAACUUGGUGACAAUGUUCCUUCCCUUCCAGAGGCAGAUAGAUCGGUUUUAUUAAUCCCCCCUAGACCCAUUCUUCAGGAGAACAACUGGCCCUUGCUGGUGGUCAGCAAGGGCUACUUCGAGGGUGCUUUUACAGAUGCUGCUGGGCCAGGUGACGUGGAAGAAGAUGAUGGAGCCGCCGGAGCUUGGGGAGCAGAUAUAGACAUUGUUGAACCAGACGAGGCUCUAAAUAGAGAGGGGGUGUUUGUUGCUGAUGAAGAGGGCAGAGGUGACGAUGAGGAGGGAGGUUGGGAAAUGGAGGAUUUAGAUAUACCAGCUGAUGCGAAUGUGCCAGAGGUUGCACCUAAUGCUGCCUACUUCGUUACUCCAACCGGAGGGGUUCCAAAGAGUCAAAAUUGGAUUCAGAAUACUUCUCUUGCGGGAGAACAUGCAGCUGCUGGCUCUUUUGACCCAGCAAUGAGAUUGUUGAAUCGUCAGCUUGGAAUCCAGAACUUUAAGCCUUUGAAAAAUGUUUUCUUGGAACUCCAUCUUGCUAACCAGUCUCUUCUACCUACUCUAGUAUCAGUGCCAGCUCUGUCCCUGUAUUUGGAGAGAGGUUGGAGUGACAGUUUACCAGUUAAUGCAAAGGGAUCACCAGCUGUUUUGACCAAGCUUUCCUCUCUUGAAGAGAAGCUUAAGGUUGCAUACAAGACAACUACUGAGGGCAAGUUCACCGAUGCUCUGCGGUUAUUUCUUGAUAUCUUGCAUACAAUCCCUGUCGUAGUGGUGGACUCACGCAAAGAAGUUGACGAAGUAAAGGAACUUCUGGGAAUCGCGAAGGAGUACACACUUGCACUUCGGAUCGAGCUUAAGAGAAAAGAUCCUGCUUUGAAAGAUGAUUUACUACGCCAAUCUGAGCUUGCUGCUUACUUUACACACUGUCAAUUACAGCCCACUCAUUUGAAGUUGAGUUUGCAGUCAGCUAUGUCUAUAUGUUUCAAGGCCAAGAAUUACUACACAGCUGGAUCUAUUGCGCGAAGGUUACUUGAACUGAGCUUGUCUCCAAAUGUGGCCAGAACGGCUCGCCAGGUCCUCCAAGUGUGUGAGAAGAAUCCAAGGGAUGAGAUGAAGCUGAAUUACGAUCCUCGGAACCCUUUCGUCGUGUGUGGGGCCACCUACAGCCCCAUUUACCGUGGCAGCAAGGACGUUUCGUGUCCUUACUGCAAGGCACGAUUUGUUCCAGAAACCCUCCACAAGUUAUGCCCUGUUUGUGAUCUUGCUGUGGUCGGGGCGGAUGCUUCAGGUCUACUCUGCUCUCCUUCCCAAAUGCGGUAACUUAAGAGCCUUAAGCCUAUGAGAGGAGGUAGGGAAAUGUACAGAGACCUGGAGGUUAGUUCCUCUCUCGAGUCCGUACAUGUGCUUUUACACAACAGUUUUGGAGAGAAUUGGAGAGCAGUUAAGUUUUAAUGAUGGGGUAUACUAUGGUCCACUCGGACCUUUCGAUUCAUUGUACUUAAUUUACCCAGUAUAAAGUCUACUAUUUUCAACA